AUGGAGGAGAAGAUGAUGAUGAUGAUGAUGACUUCCAGUAGCAGCCCAGAAACCAGCACAAACGAAGCCACUACCACUUCAGCUUUCCCAAGCUGGAAACUUUACGAGAAUCCAUUUUAUAACUCUCAACCUCAGCAUCAAAACCACCCAGAAAAAGCUUCGUUUUGGGAUCUCACAUUUUUCAAGCCAGUAAUGGAGACUGAGAUGGAGUACACAAGAGCCCAGAUCAUGGAACUGAAAGCUGAGCUUGAGUACGAGAGAAAGACAAGAAAGAAGUUUGAGGUGAUCAACAAGAAGCUUGCCAAAGAGUUAAGUGAGGAGAGGAGGGCGAGAGAAGCAAUUGAGAGUGUGUGUGAAGAACUAGCGAGAGAGAUUUCAAGUCGGAAUUCAGAGAUUAAUAGGAUGAGGAAGGAAAUGGAGGAAGAAAGGAAGAUGCUGAGAGUGGCUGAGGUGAUCAGAGAAGAGAGAGUUCAGAUGAAGCUCUCUGAGGCCAAGUUUCUUUUUGAAGAGAAGGUGUUUCAGUUGAGUUGCAAACCAGUUCAAACUGAGAAGUCUCCUACUUGUGUUGAAAAUGAUGAUCCAGUUUGCUCCGAUGUGGUUUGGACUAAUUCGAAGUCGGGGGUUAGCCGUGAAAAUAGUGGUGGAUUUUCAACAAUGGCGAUUCAGAGAAGGGCUUCACCGGAAUCGGAGAAUCCACACAUAAAGAGAGGGAUCAAAGGAUUUGUGGAAUUUCCGAGAGUGGUUCGAGCAAUUGGGUCCAAAAGUAGGCAUUGGGGUACAAAGUUGGAGUGCCAGAAAGCUCAGCUGAGGAUUCUACUGAAGCAAAAGAGCCCCAUCAGAUCCAAUAGUCUCAUUAUCAGUUAG